AAAUCAAUUAAACCUCUUUGCGCAAAGUGGAUUUGGAGAAAUAAUCAUAAUCAUAAGAAAGUUAAGAGGAUAAGACCAUGCUGUUUUGCUGCCGAGGAUGGACUUGUUAGCACGAUGCUACGUAGCACCGGAGGGGAAGGAACAAUGUUUCAAUAACAAGUCUGCACCUUGUGAUUCCAAUUAGCUAAUAGCUGACUUCAAGUCUCAAAUAAAGUGCGGGCUGCACAAAGAUCUCCAUUGAUGACGCUGAGACGACACUUUGGCUCUGACCUCACACUCUGCAGCAUCUUAGCGUUCAUCCAGGCUGACUGCGAGGUACUGAAGGCCAAUCUGACAAUGGCUAUUUCUUUAAUGCUUGUGGCGUUCAUCGUCCCUCUGGUCGGAGCUCAGGUGCCCCACUGGGGGUCGUGUCCAGAACCGGACGUUCAGGCCUCGUUCGACGUCAAACCGUUCAUGGGCAGGUGGUUUGAAAUCGGACGACUGCCGACUCAGUUUGAAAAGGGAUGCUGCAUGGAGACAAACUUCACUUUUAGGACGAACAACUCCUUCCGAGUGGUCAGCUCGCAAAUGCUAAAAGGAUCGCUGAGGAAGAUUGAAGGCACUGGCGUCGUAGAGGAUCAGAAGCAUCCUGCCAAGCUUGGAAUAAGCUUCUCCUAUGUGCUGCCCUAUUCCCCCUACUGGAUCCUGUCCACGGACUACGUCAACACGGCCCUCGUCUACUCCUGCACGGACGUCCUGAGGGUCUUCCACCUGGAGUUCGCCUGGAUCCUGGCGCGGACGCGUACCCUGCCGGAGUCCGCCGUCGAAAAAGCCAAGGAGACGUUUGCCAGCAAAAACAUCGACGUGAGCCGCAUGAUUGCCACCAAACAAACAGGCUGUGAUGAGUGAUGAGCAAUAUUAAAAUGAAAUGGUUGAAAUGGCC